CUGUUGCCGCGGCCUGCGGUUGGCAGUUACUGGAGUCGGUGCUCCACUCUCAAGGUUCCCCCGACAGCAGGCGGUGGAGCAGGCUGAAGCAGCGGGAGCAGCGGGGUUUGUUUUAGGACCAGCGGCUUUGAACCUGCGCGCCCGGCUCCGAGGGCAGGUGCGGUCUCCUGGCUUCCCGCAAGAUACUAUUGUGUGAUCUAAAUCAGGCAAUGAAAUCUUCUGGAAGCUAAGAGCAGAAGCCUUUUUGGUCAACAUGGAGGACAAAAGACGGCGAGCUCGAGUGCAGGGAGCCUGGGCUGGUCCUGCUAAGAGCCAGGCCAUUGCUCAGCCAGCUACCACUACUGAGAACCGUCUCCCACAGAGACCUGGUCAGACCUGGAUGAACAAGGAGCAUCUGUCUGACAGACAGUUUGUGUUCAAAGAACCCCAGGAGGUGGUACGAAGAGCCCCAGAGCCAAGAGUGAUCGAUAAAGAAGGUGUGUAUGAAAUCAGCCUGUCACCCACAGGCAUAUCUAGGGUGUGUUUGUAUCCUGGCUUUGUUGACUUAAAAGAAGCCGACUGGGUAUUGGAACAGCUUUGUCGGGAUGUUCCCUGGAAACAGAGGACCGGCAUCAGAGAGGAUGUAACUUACCAGCAACCAAGACUUACAGCAUGGUAUGGAGAACUUCCUUACACUUACUCAAGAAUCACUAUGGAACCAAAUCCUCACUGGCAUCCUGUGUUGCUCACACUAAAGAACCAAAUCGAGCAGAACACUGGCCACACCUUCAACUCCUUGCUCUGCAAUCUUUACCGAAAUGAGAAGGACAGCGUGGACUGGCAUAGUGAUGACGAGCCCUCGCUGGGGAGGUGCCCCAUCAUUGCUUCACUCAGUUUUGGUGCCACUCGCAUGUUUGAGAUGAGAAAGAAGCCCCCACCAGAAGAGAAUGGAGACUACACAUAUGUGGACAGAGUGAAGAUACCCUUGGAUCACGGGACCUUGUUAAUCAUGGAAGGAGCCACACAAGCAGACUGGCAGCAUCGAGUGCCCAAAGAGUACCACUCUAGAGAGCCAAGAAUAAACCUGACCUUUCGGACAGUUUAUCCUGACCCCCAAGGGGCGCGCUGGUGAUGGGAGAUCUUGGAGAGAGAAGCUGUGCUGAGACUGAACAAACCUGCCACCAUGAAGACACUUCCAGAGCUGGGCCAGCUGCUCUUGUGGUGUGGCUGUUUGGAAGAUGAGGAUGGGAUUUGCUUCCCAGCUUGGAGUCCUAUUGAAAGACAGCAGUUUGUGUUCAUAAUAUGUUUACUGUGGAAACAGUAAUCCCUAAUCACAUUUUGAAAUCACAUCUUUUCUUUAGGCAAAUUAAACACUGCUGUGGCUGUGUUCACAGAUGAUUUUGUCCAUAAGCGGUUUUUUCCUGCCCUCUCCUGCUUCAUUUGAAGAAAUAUGAAUGGACUUUGCGUCUGGCCUAAACCCGCACGUGUUUGUUCCUUGUGCCUUUAGCAAAGUGGAGAAAUAAAUAUGCGUCAGUGACUCUGGAGCCUUCCGUGGGUAGACAGCUGCUGAAACCCAAACAGAGGUUUGUUGAAGUCUGGCUUGACUCCUGAGCAUCUUGGCUGUGUGCUCUGUGAUGGAAAGCUGCACACUCUGGAGCACUGUAUUUAACUGUGUCUCCUUGCUUGUCCCCCCUCCCAGGACACCUCAGACAGGGCACAAGCCUCUGGAUAAAGAGGGAAGGUGGAAUUCUCCAGAAUGUCUCCAAGCAGCCACCUGGACUACUUGCAAUACGAGGGAAAACAGGCCUCUCAGAGGGAGGAAGAAUUGAGUGAUGUCAUGAGAAAUUUCCGGGGAAGAGCAGCAAAUGCCCUGCUAGUUGCAGCUGUUCCACAUAGAUUAGUUUCCCCCGGAGAAUUCCUUGAGUCAUUUAAACCCAAGCCAGAUAGGAGCGGGAGCAGUCCUGCAGGGCAGAGACUCAGUUACCUAAUAGAUUUUAGAUUUCAGCAGCCCCAUGACUAAGGCUUUCUUCUGACUCAGUGUUCUCUUCUGCACACAUUCUUGAGAUUCAAAGGUUAGUUUGUGAUAUCACCAAGGUUCCCAAAACAGAGCAGGGUGGCUGCCCCUUAUUGCGUCAUGAAAGCACGUGUCUUCCUGACCUCUUGACCUAGGCACAGCCUGCCAGAUCAAUUCCAACCCAAGACAGGAAAAGCCAGAAAGAAGGAGAAUGGAUGAGAGGAGGGCAAGAGAGUUAAAGUUUCCCUAGCUCCCUGUGGAAAGGUUUAGACAGCCGUCUUGCUUUUGACGUUGUUUCUGUUCUGUGAUGUAAGAUUGAUGACCCUAUGAUCAUAAUAAAGUGCCCGAGGCUGGCCGGGCUCUUCCCUAGAACUGAGAUGAGUGCCUGCCUGGCCAGGCUCUGUUCUCUGACAAACUCUCUGGCUUCUUGAACCAGAGUCUCUUUCUUUUAAAUGUUGCUGCCUAUGUGUGGCUCCUUCCUCUAAGGAAUACCAGUUGCUUUAGAAAAUCUGAGCAUCUUACUAAGCCUUCUUGUGAGGGGCUUACAAAUCACCAUAACAAUAAAAUAAAAGCUUUUUAAUUUCUAGCUUUACUCCUAUUCAAACAAACAAAACCUGGCUAGGGUCGUGGAGCCAGCUUUGGUUAUGAGUUGGAUACACGACCUGGGGAAAUUCCUCUUCCAUUCCCACAAGCGAAGGAGCCGGCGGAUGACUCCAAGUCUUACCACAUCCCUCCUCAUGCAGGGUCAUGCUUUGCCCUUGCGUCAGCUGCAGAUUUGAUCCCUUCCCUCAUCGCUGCCAUGUCUGCCAGGGAACGAAUUCCUGCCUUCAGCACACAGCCUGGGCCGUCACCUGAGUUUCUUCAUCUGAGAGCAGCAGUCUUAGCUUUUGUUUCUUGCUGUCAGGUGCCAGAACUGCCAUUCUUUCUACCAUUUCUAAGAUAAUGCCCUUUCUGAAAUGUCAAGGAGGUACUUGCCAGAGAGUAAAAGCACAGGGUUUAGGACUAGACAGGAAUUCCAGACCGUGGCACAGGGCGCCUGUGCUUAGUGACUGCACCAGCCUGUUGCUCUGUUUUUACUGGGGGUAGGUCUCAACUAGGAAUUCGGGGUGAAGCUGUUUUUGCCACCAUUACCUAUAGAGCAGAGGGAGCAAAUAUAACGGCUAAAACAUGAAGAAGAAGAGGUAGUUUUUUUUAGCCAUCCUUCUUUUGAGCUGUAAUAACCUGCCAGGACAAUUUAAUACCCAUCCUAAGAGAUUUUUGUGCGGAAUCCCUAAUCCUUCCUGAAGCCCUGACGGAACAAGAUCCUGUUCCCAUUGUAGAGACUAGGCAACUGAGUCUCCAAGAGGCGAAGUGAUUUCCUAGGACUUAGGAACAGCAGAACCAGAACAUAUGGCUCAGGCUAAUCGCUGGACUGUGCUUUUGCCUCUGCUAUGCAGAAUUGAGGCAGCAUAGUCUACUGGGCACCCCAGGCCCCUGAGCCUCAGGGCUGGCGACCCAAGUUCACCCUAGUGCCCUGCUUGGCUGGGCUGGCUGCCAGGCCAGUCUGUUUCCUGGCUUCCUGUGCACCAGGGCAGGCAUCAGCCCCUCAUCUCUCCUUAACUGACAUUAGCAUCUCCUGUUCAGCAACUCUGUUGCCACCCGGACGAGAAUAGCCCAGUUUACUGGGGAAGGCUCAUUGGUGGGGCGGGGAGAACACAAUCCAUUUUAUGGCACAUCAGGCAAAUUCUCGUCCAGCCUUCCUGGCAAAUGAGAACCGUGUUCCUGGCCAUGUUCAAGCAGACUUUCAGAGCUAGACAAGCAGUCCCUUCCUUCCUUCCUUCUCAUGUGGGAGUACAUUCGGGGUCUCCGACACCCAGUCUCAGCAUCUGGCCCCAUCACAAUCCUUACCAUCACCGCCACCACCACCGCCACCGCGCUCAUCAACAGCCGGCCAAAGCAGCAGGCCGGGGCUGUACACCGAAAACAUGUUGACAACAGGCAGCUUGCUCAGCACACAGGUCGGAACAAUGUGACACUUAACAUCCAUUGUCUCCUCUGUAUUGAAGUCAGGAUCCUGGUUGUUGUGGACUAAACCACUAAUUCACACGGCAUUGAUGGUUCCAAUAAGUUUGGUUCACAGCUUGUAACCCUGCUGUUCUCCUGUGACACAUUCACUCCCUGCUGCCUCCACGGCUGGUAUGACCUGCCCUCGCUUGUGGCAGGUCUGUCUGGACCUGGUCAGUAAGCGGCACCGUCUCCUGGCUUGUGUCCUGGCAGCCCCAGAAGAGUUAAGUGGGCGCUGCAGUGAGCAGAGCCCUCCAGUUGGAGGGCUUCAGAGAAAGCCCUGACACAUGAUGGGGCCCUGCCCUCUGGGAAUAUUUCUUCUGGGUUCUGGCAGCUUUUCCUUGGCUGUGGAAUAUGUAAGACCCACUUUGCCUUUUCUGGUCAUAAACACUUGUAGUGUUGAAUC